AUGCGUGUCGACAAUCAUAUCCAUCUUCGCCAUAUCAUGCUCUACCACUUCGAAAAGGGAUGGUCUGCCGCAGAGUCGUUUCGCGAUCUCAAAGAACUUUUUGGUCAAGGAACAAUUGGACGUGCAACAGUUUAUGAAUGGUUCGAUCGUUUCAAGUCCGGUAACACAAGUGUUGAUGAUGAACCAGGAAGAGGACGGCCAUCAGAAUUCGAUGACAAGGCACUUCUGGAAGCCGUUGAAGAAGACGAAAGCCUGACAACCAGAAUGCUGGCAGAUGAAUUCAAUGUUGACCAGUCAACGAUCGUGCGCCAUCUCAAAAAGCUUGGCAAAGUAUGGAAAUUGGCUGGAUGGGUCCCACACGAACUCUCCGAGAAGAACCAAGCAGAUCGCCUUCGAAUUUUCAAUUUCAAUCAAAAAGAAGUCCGGAUAAUUAUGCAUCAACCCAAUAAUUUUAAUCUAAUUUUAAUC